UCACAUGGGGGCCGCGGUAUUUUUGAGUGGUCGGGCAGGCCCGAGGCCGGCAUUCAACCCCUUUCUCCGUGUUGAGCUUACAGUACUAAUGGAACUGCGGUCAGUGGCUCCCUUGCUCCGGCCUCGGAGGCCCUUUUUGUCGACAUGAGCGGCAGGCCUAGGACCCUCUUCCAGACAUGGGGCUCCAGGGUCACUCGUUCUGUUCGUUCCUCCUCCGGGGGCGGCUCCGGAGCCGGGCGGCCGCAGGGCCUCGCCGGCUUCGGGGCCUGCGCCCCGGCCGCGGUGGAGCAGCCGGAGCGGAUGCCGGAGCCGCCGGAGGAGGACGAUGAAGUGCUGCUGGUGGCGGCCUACGAGGCCGAGCGGCGUUCGGGCGGCGGCGAGAGCCCGGCCUCUCCUGGGCCCCUGGAGGCCUGCGGCUUUUGCCCCGCGACGGGAGCCGUGUGGAUCUAUCCCACCAAUUUCCCGGUAAGGGAGUACCAGCUGCGCAUCUCGGAGGCAGCCCUGUUCUGCAACACCCUGGUCUGCCUGCCCACCGGGCUGGGGAAGACCUUCAUCGCCGCCGUCGUCAUGUACAACUUCUACCGCUGGUUCCCCGCUGGCAAGGUGGUCUUCAUGGCCCCCACGAAACCCUUGGUCGCGCAGCAGAUCGAGGCCUGCUCCCGGGUGAUGGGCAUCCCGCAGCGCCACAUGGCCGAGAUGACAGGUUCUACCCAAGCUUUCAUCAGGAAGGAAAUAUGGCACAAUAAAAGAGUUCUUUUUCUUACUCCUCAAGUUAUGAUAAAUGACCUUUGUCGUGGAGCCUGUCCUGCUGUUAAAAUUAAAUGUCUAGUUAUUGAUGAAGCUCAUAAAGCUCUUGGAAACUAUGCUUAUUGUCAGGUGGUAAGGGAACUAGUUAAGUAUACGAAGCACUUUAGAAUAUUGGCUCUCAGUGCCACACCUGGCAGUGACACAAAGGCUGUACAACAGGUUGUUUCAAACCUACUAAUUGGGCAGAUAGAGCUUCGUUCUGAAGACUCUUCAGAUAUUUUGCCAUUCACUCAUGAAAGACAAAUUGAAAAACUUGUUGUUCCCCUUGGAGAAGAACUUGUAACAAUUCAGAAUACAUAUAUACAGGUUUUGGAAGCAUUUGCUAAUCGCUUGAUUAGAGUUAAGGUUCUGAUGCGACAGGAUAUACCCAACCUUACAAAAUUUCAGAUAAUUUUAGCAAGAGAUCUAUUUAGGAAAAACUCAUCUCCUCAUAUUCUGGGUGGACAACAAGGUAUCAUUGAAGGAGAUUUUGCUAUAUGUAUUAGUUUAUAUCAUGGUUAUGAGUUACUGCAACAAAUGGGAAUGAGAUCCUUAUAUAUCUUCCUUUGUGGGAUUAUGGAUGGAACUAAAGGUAUGACUCGAACCAAAAAUGAACUUAGCAGGAAUGAACAGUUCAUGAAACUCUUUGAGCAACUAGGAAACAUGUUUUCAGAUUGGAAUACAACUUCAGGAAUUGUCGAUGGGAAUCCCAACCAAAGUGGGCACAAUGAUAAAAAAUUUAUUUAUAGCCAUCCGAAGUUAAAAAAAUUAGAAGAAGUUGUAGUUGAACACUUCAGAACCUGGAAAGAUCAAAAUACAUCUGAAAAAAAAUGUGAUACCAGGGUUAUGAUUUUUUCAUCAUUUCGAGACAGUGUUCAAGAAAUUGCAGAAAUGCUCCAAUACCAGCCGACUGUUAGAGUUAUGACUUUUGUUGGCCAUGCUUCAGGGAAGAGCACAAAAGGUUUAACACAGAAGGAACAACUUGAGGUGGUAAAACAAUUUCGUGAUGGUGGUUAUAACACAUUGGUCUCUACAUGCGUUGGUGAAGAAGGUUUAGAUAUAGGAGAAGUUGAUCUAAUAAUCUGUUUUGAUGCUCAGAAGAGUCCAGUUCGUCUUGUACAACGAAUGGGUAGAACUGGCCGCAAACGUCAAGGCAGAAUAGUUGUUAUUCUUACAGAAGGAAAAGAAGAAUGUGCUUAUAAUCGAAGUCAGUCUUGCAAAAGAAGUAUUUAUAAAGCUAUUUCUGGUAACAGGAAGACCUUUCAUUUUUACCAAGGAAGUCCACGUAUGAUUCCUGAUGGAAUUUAUCCAAAAUUACACAAAAUGUUCAUUGCUGAGGAAAUUUAUGAACGAGCAAAGCCAUCUAAAAUACACAAAAAAUCAUCAAUCUUUUCAUUUGGGGAUGGAAUGAAACAACGCAAUUCAAAAGAACCUUGGUCCUUAACAGAAGAAGAAUUUAGGUUAUGGAACAGACUAUAUAGAUUAAGAGAAAGUGAUGAAAUUAAAGAAGUAAUACUGCCCAAAGCUAAGUUUGAAUCUUUACAAGAUGAGGAAGAUGUAUCAAAUUGUGAAUCAAGACCUGGAUGUCAUCAACUGUCUUUGUCUGAGUGGAGAAUUUGGCAAAAUCGUCCUUUUCCUACGUAUCAAGUUGACCAUUCUGAUCGCUGCUACCGCUUCAUAAGCAUUAUGAAAAUGAUAGAUAAGAUAAGAAAUGAAGAGGAUGAAUGCAACUAUGAAUUGGAACUUAAACCCCACUUACAAAUAGGAGAUACUAGUUCAACAUCAGGCAUUCUCAGGAAUAAACAUUCUUCUUCUGCCUCUGUCAACACUACUACUCUACAAAAACCUGCUAUUAAAAGGAAUGUGAAACAAAAUUGUUCAUCUUUAUUAAUAGAUUUUGAUGAAGAAUGUGCCCAAGAAUUUAAAUCUGAUAAAAACUUUUAUUUAAAAACCAAAGUCCUUAAGGAAAUGACAAAAGAUCAGUGUAAGGCAAGCAAUAGUGACAACAUUGCCAAUUCCUUAAUAACUGAAGUACGUUCUACUGUUAGUUGUAAUUAUCAGGAAGCAUCACCAGUUGAUAAAGUGGCAUUAGAUGUAGACAGUGUUGCAAACACAAGCACUGCCCAUGAUCAGCUAUGUGAACUGUUAGUAGAGUGCUCAUCAGUAGAUAAAUCUGAAAGUUUAUUUGGUGGAAACCAUAUAGAAUUUGGUUAUGAUGAUUUUACUGAUGAAAAAAAAAUUAUUUCAACUAGCAUGUUUUAUCUUUCUGAAGAAGAUCCUUAUUUACUUAAAACAGCUACUCAGUUGUGUGACAACUGUCUUUUACUGACCAAAGAAACACUUAACAAUGUAGAAAGAUUUUUAUCUCAGUCUCCUCCUCCUCUUGAUGCACUUUAUAGUUUGAAAGAUGAAAUCCUAAGGACAUCAUCAUUUAAAAAUUUACAAGAUGAUAUAUCCAGUUAUUCUGAUAUGAUGCUUGAUGGACCAAAUUGUGAUGAACAUGAGAAUGAAAUACACAUACAUGUAAAAAAUGACAAAGUAACAACUGUUGAUCAUGCUCAAGUAAAUGCAUCUCCUGAAAAAUGUUUAGUUAAAAAAAAACACAAUGGGGUUUGUAAGACACUCAUGAAAAAAGUAAGUAUUGAGCAAGAUCAGGAAAGACAGUUUUCUGAAGAUACUGAUUCUGAAUUUAAUCAGAUGAAUCCUCUUUAUUUGAAAAAUAACUCUAGAUGUUUAUCUUUAUCAGAUGAUGCUCUUACAAGCGAAGUGGUACAAGUAUCUCCAUUUCACAUUUCUGAUGAGUGUUUGCUAGAUUCUGAUUCAGAAACCAAAAUUCCAUUAAAUCACAGUACCAAGAUUGGAACUUCUCUUGAAAAUUUGGAAGGAGUAGGGAAGGAAAAAACCCAGAGUGAUGAUAGUAUUUUUGACUGUUCAAAAGAGUUAUUCUCUGUUAAUUUUGAUUUGGGAUUUUGUAGUCCAGAUUCUGAUGAGGAACAAUCAGAGCUGGCAAAAGAUGUAAACAAAAAUGGCCAUUUAAAAGUGGGUUUCUCUGGCAGCCAUACCAAUACCAUGCAGGAAGCUACAAAUUAUGGCCCAAGGAAAGAAUGUACCCCAAGGACAUACGAUAAAAAUAUUAUUAGAAGAAGCAUUUCUACAACAUCGAUGCUACAAAAUCAGUACCCCGAUUGCAUGCUUUCUCCGAUGAGCAUGACAAAAGAAAAAGAAUUUGAGUCUCCUGGUAAUUUUUCUGCUUCCUCAGUUUCUUCACCAGUAGGAGAAAAUGUUAUGAGCACUCCACUCUAUAAACCAAAUCCAAUGAAUUCAUUCUCUACAAUGACACAAGACAUACUUGAGUUAUCAGCUACCAAGAAAAAAGUAAAUCUAAGAAGCAUUAAAAAAAUCUUGAAUUCCACUUUUGAAAAAGUAGGAAUUACAACAGAAAAGACUGAAAGCAAUGAACAGAUUAACUUGUUUGAAUCUUGCCAUUAUUCUGAUGAAGGAAAUAGCAUUGGAAGUGAAGACGAUGUGGUUUUCCAAAGAGAGAGUAAAAAGGUGAAAAAGGAUCAUCUGAAAUCCCCAAAAGUUGGGAAGAGCAGUGAUGUUGAAUCUCCUCUUUGUGCUGUUAAGAAAUGUAAACACCUAUUAAGUACAUCAGAAUCAUCUAGUGAUGAAAGCACAGAUUUUCAUAAACCAGUUCUAACUCAAGAUGAUUUCCAGAGCAAUAACAGGAAUCGUCCCACAAGUAUGAGAGCCCCCAAAAGUUAUAGAAACCUAAAGCAUGAAGGCAGGCAAUUUUUAGAUGAAGAAGCAGAGAUUUCACAAGAUGCAGAAAGUAUUUCAUCUGAUGAAAGUGAAAAAUCAGAAAAUGAACAAGAUUCCUUACUAGUUGGCUUCCUAAAUGAUGGGACUCAACUUUCACAGGUUCUAAAUGAUUCUGAGAUGAAAAGUGUUUAUCUGCAGUCUGUUCGCAGUCCAUUGGUAGGCAAUAUGUAUAAAAUGGUGCACAAGAAAUAUGAUUCCAUGAAUAUUUUCUCACAGAUUCCUGAACAAGAUGAAACUUAUUUUGGAGACAGCUUCUGUGUUAGUGAUGAGGAAGAACAUCCUAUCAAUGAUUCAAGUGAAGAAGUAUGUGUUGAUUUCAACUUAUUAAACGAAGACAGCUUUGCUGAUGGAAGGAAAAAAUACCAUACACGACGUUCUGCAAAAUUAAAGCGAAUUAGGACACAGAAUAAUUUUGCAUUUAAAAAAAAGAAAGUAUCCAGAAUUAUUAUACCUGAUGAUUCAAGUGAAGAAGAAAACAUUGUUAAUGAUAAAACAGAAUCUGAUAAUGUAAUUGGUAACAUAAGCAUUUGUAGCAAAACAGAAAAACAAGAUGAUUGUCUCCAAAAAUCGUUACUUUCUAGAUCUUUCACGAGAGAUGAAGAACUUGUUAAACCAGAUGUGGUUAAUAAUUCAAUCAAGGAGGGACAAAAGGAGCCACUUAAUAUCACAUGCACAGUUUCUAAAGCUCUAGACACAAAAUCCCAAUGUAAUUAUAAAACUAGAUCUUUAUUGAAUGCUGAUUCACUGAAAGACUGCAAAAAUUUUACAGUCCAGCCCAAGCUUAAUAGUGAUCUGGAGGAUGUUAAUUCAAAACCUGUAGUGUUAUGUGGUUCCAGUUCAACUGAAAAUUUGGCUCUGACACCUACUUCACUUAGACUAACAGAGAAAAGGCAAAGAACCUGUAUUCUUGUGGAUAGCCGGGAAAUCUCCUCUGGUUCAGAAGUCAUUUCCUCUUUGAGAACCAUUCAUGGAUUAGAAGUAGAAGUCUGCCCACUCGAUGGCUGUGAUUACAUCGUUAGCAACCGAAUGGCAGUGGAAAGAAAAUCUCAAUCAGAGAUGAUGAACAAUAUGAAUAGAUGUAAGCUUGUUGAAAAGAUUCAGUAUUUACAGAAUAUGUUUGAAAGAAUAUGUGUGAUUGUGGAAAAAGACAGAGAGAAAACAGGAGCUGCUUUGAAAGUAUUUCAAAGGACGAAAAGCUAUGAUAGCCUUUUGUCUGCCUUAAUUGGUGCUGGAAUUCGAAUUCUUUUUAGCUCCUGCCAGAAAGAAACUGCAGAAUUGAUUAAGGAAUUGACUUUAGUAGAACAGAGAAAGAAUGCUGGUAUUCAUGUUCCAAUAGCUGUGAAAGAUAAUAAACGUGACAUGUUCCAGUUCUAUCUAAGUAUUCCCAAUAUAAGCUAUGUAACGGCUCUAAAUAUGUGUCACCAUUUUUCAUCUGUGAAAAAGAUGACUAACAGCUCUCUUGAAGAAAUCUCUCUGAAUGCACAAGUAAGUCAUCAGAAAGCUGAGGAGAUCUAUCAUUAUAUCCACUAUGCCUUUGAUGUGCAGAUGUUACCAGACAUCAUUAAAAACGGUAGACUGAAAUAAGAUAUAUUGGAGCAAACAACUUAGGAGAGACUCAUAAAGUAUGUGAAAAGAAAAAGAAUUCACAUAAAACAAAUAUGC